AUGGAUGAAUCCGUUUUACGAUCAUAUUGUCCAUAUGAUACAACCGCUGCACCAUUAUUUGAUUAUCAAAACAAUGAAACAUCAUUAAAUAUUAUCGAAAACCGUCUAACAUCGAUUAUCUUUUUAAUAUUUUUCAUUUUUAUUUUAUACAGUCAUUAUAUAUUGUUUUUAACUGAUCAUAAUUCAAUAGCAUGGCGUUUAUUAUAUGAUGUUUCUAAUCGUAAUUAUGAUCAAUAUCGUGAUUCAAUCAUCAAUGAACAAAAUAUUAGUUUCACUAAAUCGGUAAUUAAAGCGUUAUCUUAUGACAAUAAUAAAUUUGAAGAAUUCAUUUCAAAUUCAUCAACGAAAAUAAUGCAUAACAGUUUAGCAAGAAUAAUGAAAAAAAAUCCCAAAAGUUUUAUUGAUAAAUUAAUCAUACAGUUAAUGUUAUAUAUUGAUCUUUAUAAAUUUGAAAAAUUACGUUUAAAAGUAUUCAGCUAUGCUGGUUUAAAACAAAGAAUCGAAUUGGCUAUUACAAUGUUUACUUUACAUUGCAUUGAUGUUUUCAUGAUGAUAUUGGUUAUAUCAACUACAUUCAAUCUUGGAUUGAAUUAUUUACGUAAUUUGUUUUGGGGACGAUUUCAACGACAACAUCAACAUAUGACCUAUUGUAUGAUGUAUAGUGGUCAUGAUGUUUGGAAUAAUGUAUAUCUUAUAGCCGUAAUGGCUAAUAUUCCAUUGAAUAUAGUUUGCAUUUAUAAUCUUGUAUUCAAAUCAAAUUCAUGGAAUAAUGAAUUAAUAUCGUUAGGAUUUUUAAGUGCUCAAAUGUAUAUUCUUUCAGCAAUCAUGGCAAUGACAUCGACCAUUCAUUUUUUUGCUAAUCAAUUUAAACGACAAUUACCAGCAAUACAAUUAUAUAUGAAAGAUCCAUCGAUUAAAUGGCAGGUUCAUGAAUUUUAUGAACGUUUAACAACUACCGGUAUUGGUUUCGGUUAUUAUUGUGGUCGCAUCGCUCUUAUUAAUUAUCAUAAUUCUUUUCAGCUUUUAAUAUCAUAUUUUGGUCUAAUGCUAAUAACGUUUACAUUUUUACGUAAUAAUAAUCAAUAA